CGGUGCCUCAACGCUGACGUGUUGCCGGACCGUGGGUACGUCGUCCGCUAUCUCGGUGUCGGCUGUGUGGAUUUGGAGGAUACGGAUAAAGCCAGCUCGACUAUGGCGGAGGUGCCCCUGAAGCCGACGCUGGUGGCCGCUGCCGGCUUUGACGCCACUGCCGACGCGCUGAACCUGCGAGAUGCCAUGAAAGGACUGGGCACGGACGAGGACCGGAUUAUUGACGUGCUCACACACCGCAGCAGUCUGCAGCGCGCAGAGAUCGCCGCCAAAUACAAAGUCGCCUAUGAGAAGGACCUGGAGGAGGCGUUUGCCUCUGAGCUUCACGGUGACUUUGAGCGCGUAUGCAAAUACAUGGUGCGCCCGAUAACCACCCUUCUGGCUGAGGAGCUGCACCGGGCCAUGCACCGUCCGGGCACCAAGGAGGGCGUUCUGGUGGAGAUCCUCUGUUCCCGCAGCAACAAGGAGAUCCGCCUCAUCGCCGCCGAGUAUCACAAACUUUUCAACAAAUCUCUGGAGUCGGAUAUCGCCAGUGACACUUCCCGAGACUUCGAGGACCUCAUGCUGGCGCUAGUAAACGCGGAGCGGGACGAGCUGCACGUGAAGCCCCCGAAGCCCGACCCAGCCCACCCAGCUGCCGUGAAGCCCGUGCCGCAGCCCAGCGCGGAGCGGGCUCAGAACCAGGCCGAGCAGCUCUACAAGGCCGGCGAAGGAAGACUGGGGACAAGUGAGAAGUCAUUCAACAUGAUUCUGGCCACUCAGAGCUACGAGCAACUGAGACUAACCUUCGAGGCAUACGAGAAAAUCUCCAAAAAGACGUUUGAGCAGGCCAUCCGCAGUGAGACCCACGGCGACUACCAGGACGCCCUUCUCGCUAUCGUGGCGGUGGCUCAGAACCGGCCUGCGUUCUUCGCUGGGCGUCUGAAGAAGGCCAUGAAAGGCCCCGGCACCAACGAUAAGGACCUGAUCCGACUGCUGAUCUCGCGUGCCGAGAUCGACCUGGGAAACAUCAAAGACGAGUACCUGAAAAUGUUCGGCACGCCCCUGGAGAAGGAUGUUGCGGAUGACACUUCUGGGGACUACCGUAAGCUGCUUCUGAAGCUGGUGGGAACCACCGAAUAAUAAUGCUCGGCUUCCGUUCAACAGACCAAUCAAAUGCUUAAUUUCAUUGUAUGAGCCAAUCACGGUCUGCCUUCAAUGCUUCCGACCAAUGAAAAGCUUCAUAACGCCCGUAUGAAGCAUCAGUCAAUGGAUGCCUUACAUACAAAGAACUAUACAAGAUAGGUACUCUUGGGAAAUGAUGACCGAUAAAAACGCAGCUUUAGAAAACAACAAAGAAGUUUGGUGUGAAGUCACAAUAAAGAACUGUAAAAACUGUAUAUUUUAUUGUCUUGGGUAACAGCAAGCUUGUUAUCUUAUAGGUGGAUGCAGCGUUAGUAUUGGGCAAAAAGAAGCUUUACCGCGCUGUAAAUGAGUGUCACAUAUUGCAUGUUCUAUAUUUUAUAAUUCUAAAGCUACAAAUUUUUGCCUAACUUCUU